UCUAUGUGUGGUUUGUGUGUAUACGUAUCACUGCAUAAACAUUAAAAGCAGGGAAUUAUCAUCGAACACUACAAGUUGUUGAAAUAAACUUAACCAGAUCGCCCGCGUCGGUGAGCACUGGGCAACUAAUAAAUAUUUAUUGAAAAUUUGAGUUAUUUGUGACCAAGCAAAAUUACAAACGCUUACUUGCGAUCCAGACAUUUUUCAAAAAUUAAGAAUGGUGAAGGCAAGAAAGUACGUUGUAAAGAAACAUUUCCAAGGUGUCCCUAAGCGUGAUGAUUUUGAAAUCGUUGAAUAUGAACUUCCUCCAUUAAAACAGGGCGAGUUUGUCGUUAAAGCGGAUUGGAUCAGCGUUGACCCUUAUCUUCGUGCCUAUAACUCUACUAUGCCUGUUCCUUACGACCAGUUUAGUUUCCAAAUCGGCACCGUUCAAGAGUCAAAGAAUAACUCGUUUCCCACAGGAACAAAGGUCGUUACGCACAAAGGCUGGUGCGAUUACAGCAUAGUUAGUGAGACAAGUGAUCCUUUUGGUAAAGUUUAUAAACUACCUAAUCUACAAGGCCUACCCACUGAAUUUGCCCUCGGUGUUGUUGGAAUGCCUGGAGCGACUGCUUACUUUGGUUUCCUAGAAAUCUGUCAACCUAAAGCUGGCGAGACUGUUGUAGUAACGGGAGCUGCCGGCGCUGUCGGAUCAAUCGUAGGUCAGAUAGCUAAGAUCAAGGGCUGCAGAGUGAUUGGAUUCGCUGGUUCCAAUGACAAAGUGCAGUGGUUAGAAAAGGAAUUAGGAUUCGAUAAAGCAAUCAACUACAAGACAGCUGAUAUACCCAAAGCAUUAGCAGAGGCUGCGCCGAAAGGAGUGGAUUGUUACUUUGAUAAUGUAGGAGGAGAAUUAAGUAGCACUAUAAUGGGACAGAUGAACAAAUAUGGAAGAGUAUCUGUGUGCGGGAGUAUAAGCUCUUAUAAUGACGAUCAUACAAAAAUGGCAAAGGCGACAGUUGUUCAACCAUUUAUUGUGUUCAAAGAGCUGAAGAUUGAAGGUUUUAUUGUAUCACGUUGGUCGCAGCCCAAGGAUAGAUGGCCAGAAGCGUUCGCUGAUUUAGUGCAAUGGAUUAAAAAAGGACAGAUUAAAACUAGAAGUCACGUAACAGAGGGUUUUGAUAAACUGUACGACGCAUUUAUCGGUAUGCUUGCAGGAGAAAACACUGGAAAGGCUGUUGUUAAAGUCUAAUCAGUACUAUUUUUUAACGUUUCGUGUUACAUUGUAUGUAUGUUAUGUAUUCAAAUUAAAUGUUCAUUUUUUCACA